AUGGCGUUUUACGCUCUCCCCGCCCUCCACCAAGGCGAUGUCACCCAGAUCGUGGUGGUGAUGGUCGGCUUGCCGGCCAGAGGGAAGAGCCUGAUAGCAGGCAAAGUCAAACGAUAUCUGCGGUGGACCUCAGUCAACGCUGAGGUGUUCAACGUUGGCAAGUACCGACGAACAGACAACCCUCACCCGGACGCCAAGUUCUUUGACGUCAACAACCCCGAGGGCGAGAAGGCUCGAAAGGCGGCAGCGGAGGCGGCCGUCGCCGACAUGUUGAAUUGGUUCAAGAACAAAGAGAACAAAGUCGCCAUUCUCGAUGCCACCAAUUCCACCAAAUCCCGGCGCAAGUGGAUCCAUGACAAGAUCAGCGAGGCCAACCUCCUUCACCUGUUCGUCGAGAGCAAAUGUGACGACGAGGACCUCAUCAUGGCCAACAUCCUGGAAGUCAAGACCACGUCGCCAGACUACAUCGGCCAGGACCCCGAAGAGGCUGCCAAGGACUUCCGAGACCGCAUUCGCAACUACGAGAAGGUCUACCAAACCAUCGACGAGUCGGAGAGAAACUUGACCUACGUGAAGAUCAUCAACAUCGGCGCCCGAGUCGUCAUAAACCUCAUCCAAGACUACCUGCAAUCACGCCUGGUGUACUAUCUUACGAACCUCCACAUCAAGCCCCGAAGCAUCUGGCUGUCACGACACGGUGAAUCAAUGUACAACCUAGACGGGAAGAUUGGUGGUGACGCAGACCUGUCAGAACGCGGCCAACAAUACGCCAAACUGCUACCAGCGCUGGUCAAACAGUCAGGCUUGCCGAAAGACGCUCCGCUCACGAUAUGGACCUCCACCCUCAAACGCACCGGUCAGACAGCGCGAUAUUUGCAGGAAGAACUCGGCUGGGAGAAGUUACAAUGGAAGGCUCUCGACGAGCUCGACAGCGGCGUCUGCGACGGCAUGACUUACCAAGAGAUCGCCGACAAGUACCCCGAGGACUUCCAAGCCCGAGACGACGACAAGUACAACUAUCGGUACCGAGGCGGCGAAUCGUACAGAGACGUCGUCAUCCGUCUGGAACCGAUCAUCAUGGAACUGGAACGUAGCGAGAAUGUCAUGAUAAUCACCCACCAAGCCAUCGUCCGCUGCAUAUUCGCAUACUUCAUGGAGAUCCCUCAAGAAAAGUCCCCCUGGAUGGAAGUGCCACUACACACGCUCAUGAAACUCACGCCAAAGGCAUACGGCACAGAAGUGGAAAAGUUCAAGGCAGAUAUCCCCGCCGUGUCGACAUGGCGGCCCAAGGGCUCCACGGCAAAACAUCAUGAUAGUGUCAGUGAAGGGAUGCCGGAGGUUGUCGUCGGCGAAGCCGAGGGGACAAGCACUAAGCUCAAGGAGGACUCGGUACCCAAGAUCGUCAUGACCGGAUUGCCGAUGCCAUAA